ACGACGUCACCAUGCUCUGGUCACGUGACAUCAACAUGGCCGCUCGCAUGUGAAAGUCAUGCUAUACCUUGUGGGGAAUUUUAUUCACUGUUUAUGAAGGUAAUAUUUAUAAGGUACCGUCUACAUAUAUUUUAUCUUAAAGACACAUUGUAACCUAUACUCUAAUGGACCCCGCCGGACAACUGCGGAAUCUUCGGGACUUCCUCUUGGUUUAUAAUCGAAUGACGGAAAUUUGCUUCCAGAGAUGUACGAGCAAUUUCAACUACAGAAAUCUUACAAUGGAUGAAGAGCGUUGUGCAGACAGCUGUGCUGGUAAACUAAUCCGUUCCAACCACCGCCUAAUGGGAACAUAUGUGAACCUGAUGCCAGCCAUGGUCCAACGGCGAAUGGAGGAGAUGGAGAGCAAAGCUGCAGAACUUGCAAAGGCAACCGAAGCAGAAGGCCCAGCGGAGCGCAUCUCAGGAGGUUUAAAUUCAUCUGAUGCUCCAUCCUCAUUCAUAACAUCUACUUCUGGUACAACUCCGCCAAGUGUGCAGACACCCACAGGGACAACAGCUACCAGUGGCACAAUCCAAUCUACACCAUCACUCUCUACAACAGAGGCAUUGGGUUCACACUUUCCAGUACCGAUUAUUACAGAAAGUGCACAUACACCUGCAGCUGAGCCAACAGUAGUCGUUCAUCCAGGCAAACAUCCUUAGAAGUGACCGCUCCACAUUUAGAGGGACUGAAAGUCUCUACUUCUCCUGUAAAUCACAGUCUACCAGCACAUCAGUCUACUGGGGGAGAAAGACCAUCAACUUAAUGUUCGUUUAUUAAUGGACAGGGACAGGUUUCAUAGCUCA